AAUGGUAGAAAAUAAAGGCUUGGAAUUGGACAAAUAUCGAACAUAUCAAGCCAAAAUGAAUGAGGGGAGUGCGCUAUCAUCGUACUCCAUUCACUCGGUGUGCCGCAUCUGUUUGAAUCAUUUGCAAAAUGGUCCCGUUUUCGAUCUAUUCCUAAUACCCGGACUGGCCAAGAAGCUGUGUGUGUGCACAUCGCUGUCGGUGGAGCAGCAGGAUGGAUUCCCACGCAAUAUAUGCUGCACCUGUCACACCAAAUUGGAUGAUAUGCAUCAGUUUCAAAAAUUGUGCGUCGAUUCGGUGCAGAAAUUCCAAUCGAUGCUAAGCCAGAAUAUGUUUAGCAGCAGUUCCUCCUCCACAACAUUCGAUUUGAUGAAUGUGAUUACCACCAGCCAUACUGAGGGCCCAGCAGAUGAACCCCCACUUGUGGCUGGUGGUGGUGGCUGUGCUGCUGCUGCUGGUGAGGAGGAUGAUCGCCUUAAUUUUGAUCCUUUACUCAAUCACAAAAUGGAAUUGAUUGAAAACGAAGAAGAUGUCUUCAAAAUGCUCGAGAAUGUCGAUAAGGAAGUGGAAGAUGUGGAGAAACAAGAAGAGGAUGAUGAUGCGGAAGAUGAUGACUUUGAAGAGGACGAUGAUAACGAUGAUCAUGAUGCGGACUUUGAACCUCAAUUAAGUAGCGAUGCUGGUGACGAUGAUGACUUGCCUCUAGCUCAACGUUUGCGUAUAAAAAAGAAACCUUCAAAAAGAGUCAAAAAAGAGAAGGAGUUGCUCUCAGGAUCUGGGGAAGACUUUGAUUAUGAUGAUGGAGAUGAGUAUGAUGAUGAUGAUGGUGGUAAUGACUCCAAAUCAAAGGCCAAACGCAAGAGGAUACCAGCCGACGAACGUCAUUUGCAUCGUAUCAUUGAUUGCCACAUUUGCCAUCAAAAGUUCAAGAAAGCCAUUCGGUAUGAGGAGCACAUGAAGCAUCACAACGAUCUACUGCCCUUCCAAUGUAAGGUGGAGACGUGUCGCAAGGGAUUUACUACAGCCGGUGGCCUACGACUCCACAUUGAUCAUGCCCACACAGAGCUAUCAGAGGUACAUUCUUGCUCGGUCGAGGGAUGUGGCAAAACCUUCCCUCGUGUCCGAUUGCUAACCUUUCACAUGAAGAAGGUCCACAACAUAUCGAAAGCAGCAGCUCCGCCAAGAGAUUACCCUUGCUCGGAAUGCGAAAAGGUCUUCCGUUGUCCCAUGGCCCUGAAGAAGCAUAUGUAUAAGCAUGAUGGCAAGGAGUUGCCCUUCCCCUGCAAUAUUUGUGGCAAGCGAUUUGUUAUCAAUUCCGCCCUCAAGGAUCAUUUGAUGCGUCAUGCUGGGAUCAAGAACUAUGUGUGUCCCUAUUGUGGUGUGGGCAAGACGACACGUCAAGAGUGGAACACCCAUAUCCUAACCCAUACCCAGGAGAAGAAAUUCAAGUGCCAUAUAUGCGAACAUGCUUCGCACAACAAACAGAGCCUGGCCAAUCACAUCAAGAUUGUCCACGAGAAGAUUAAGAAUUAUGCCUGUCAGUAUUGUGGCAAGACUUUUGGCAAGUCGCAUGCCUGUAAAAUCCACGAGAUGACCCACACGGGAGAGAAACGAUGCGAGUGCAAGGUGUGUGGCAAGAAAUUCCUUUAUCCAAAGAGUCUAACAAAGCAUUUGAAGACGCAUGAGAAGCGCGUGCUCCGUGCCAUCGAAACGUAUCGUCAGCGUCAAGUGGAAAUGGGAGAAACAUCAGGUCAAGGCGAUCAACAGCAACAGCAACUGGAUCAAGUGAACCUUGGUGUGCCAAAUCCCACGGGAAGUGUCACUGUGACCAUAGCCGAACCCGGCGUGGGUGACCAACUAAUGUCCCAGAAUGCUGCCGAUGAGUUGCUUAAAGUUUGUGCUGAAUCUGUGGCCACCAUACCUAAAGAUCCGCGUCGUGUCCAGCGUGUGGACAUCUCUCAGUUGGCGGGCACAGCGGUUAAUCCCAUUUCCUCAGUCUCAGUGCCAUCGUGGUCACCCCAGACAACGAACUUUACGAAAAAAGAGGGCAAACACAUUUGUCCCGGCUGUGGUCAAGGCUUCAAUAAUAUUGGCAACAUGAAGCGUCAUUACAAGAUCAUACACGAGAAGGUCAAAGACUUCGCCUGUCGCUUUUGCCCACGAAGAUUCGCCAAGGCGCAGACGCUCCGACAUCACGAAUGGAUCCAUACGGGCGAAAAGCCUUUCGAGUGUAAAACCUGCGGCACACAUUUCCGCCAGGAGACCGCCCUAAAACGGCAUCAGCGCACCCAUGAGAAUCGUCCGCCCGUCAUCUCGUCCAAGUUCUAUGCCGCUCGCGAGGAACUGGAGGAGCAAGAGCGCUCCAAACGUGAGGCCAAACGCAAGGCGGAGGCCAAACGUAAAGAGAUCGCCGAAGCAGCUAAGGAGCAAUUAUCUACUUUACAUAAAUUGGAGUCCAUUGACAAGCAAUUGCAUUCCUAUGAUGAGUACCAGGAGGCUGCCGCAGAGCGGGCAGCUGCCAGCGCUGAACUCCAGGCCCAACAGAACGAGGAGAACGAAGUCCGGCGACUGGCCGAUGAGGAACGCAUCAAAAUUCAAGCUGCUGCCUAUGAGCAGUUGCAAAAGUUGCAAGAGCAGCAGGAAAUCGAUAAGGCUCAAAGCUCCUACGAUGGCUACUAUGCUCAGAAGGCUCAUGCCGACGGCACCAAUUUGGAUGCUCUCAAGAUUGAUCAUGUGUGAGGUUGGCGGAGGAAAGAUGCGUUUAACGCGCUUACCAAUUAUUAUGUGUUAGCUAGUUAGGACAUAUUUUUGGACAGGGUCAGAACACAAGAAACUAGAUUUACAUAUGUAUAUAUAUAUAUAUAUAAACUAUAUAUGGUUAUCACCAUUCGAUUCCAUUUAUGAAAACCAGUUUGAAUUAAAGUGAUGAAUUUGGAUUUUACAAAAAACUUAUACCCUGAUGUUCAUAUAAUAAAUGUACAUCUUUUCAGAACUGGCUAUAUUAUAUAUAGUCUGAUACU